AUGGCGAACCUCAUCUUCGCGCACUCGAGUGCGCCGCUUCGUACAAUCAAGGAGAUCCAGUUCGGACUCCUGUCGCCUGAGGAAAUCAAGGCGAUGAGCGUGUGCCACAUCCUCUACCCCGAGACGAUGGACGAGACGAGGACGAAGCCCCGCGACGGUGGUCUCAACGAUCCUCUUCUUGGCUCUGUCGACCGGCAGUUCAAGUGCAAGACGUGCACUGAAAACAUGUCCGAGUGUCCCGGUCACUUCGGUCAUAUUGAGCUUGCCCGGCCUGUUUACCACCCCGGGUUCAUCAAGCGCACAAAGAAAUUGCUCGAGAUUGUCUGCCACAACUGUAGUAGGGUGUUGGCUGAUCGCUCUGACCCGCAGUAUGCUGCUGCUAUGAAGAUCCGCGACCCCAAGAUCCGCUUCAAGCGCGUCUGGGAUAUCUGUAAGAGCAAGCGACGUUGUGAGAACGAUAUUCCCAAACAGGCCGAGGACGGCGACUACAACCCCAACGGCAACGCUCAGGAAGCACCCGUCGGUGGCCACGGAGGUUGUGGCAACGCCCAGCCCGUCAUUCGCCAGCAGGCUCUCACAUUGUGGGCCCACUACGAGCACCGGGAUGAUGAUGGUGUUAAAACUAAAGAGAAGAAAAUCAUCACCCCUGAAAUGGCCCUCAACAUCUUCCGCCGCAUGCGCGAUGAGGAGAUGAUCGAUAUUGGCCUCAACAUCUCUCAAGCCCGCCCGGAGUGGAUGAUUAUCACGGUUCUGCCUGUCCCUCCUCCGCCGGUUCGCCCUAGCAUCUCGAUGGAUGGUACUGGAACAGGCCUGCGCAACGAGGACGACUUGACGUACAAGCUUGGCGAUAUUAUCCGCGCCAACGGUAACGUCCGCCAGGCCAUCGCCGAGGGUUCGCCGCAACACAUCAUCAACGACUUUGAGAAUCUUCUUCAGUACCAUGUUGCUACUUACAUGGACAAUGACAUCGCUGGCCAGCCUCAAGCACUCCAAAAGAGCGGCCGUCCUGUCAAGGCCAUUCGUGCCCGUUUGAAGGGCAAGGAAGGUCGCUUGCGCGGUAACUUAAUGGGAAAGCGUGUCGACUUCUCGGCGCGUACUGUCAUUACUGGAGAUGCGAACAUUUCCUUGGACGAGGUCGGCGUGCCGCGAAGCAUUGCCCGGACUCUGACCUAUCCCGAAACUGUUACGCCUUUCAACAUAGAGAGGCUCACACAAUAUGUUCAGAAUGGCCCGAAUGAGCACCCUGGUGCCAGGUUUGUUGUCCGUUCUGAUGGUACUCGCAUCGACCUUCGUCAUCACCGCCGUGCCAGCUCGAUUCAGCUCGAGUACGGUUGGAAGGUCGAGCGCCACCUCAUCGACGGCGAUUAUGUCAUUUUCAAUCGUCAGCCCUCUUUGCACAAGGAGUCCAUGAUGGGUCACAGGGUCCGCGUCAUGCCUUAUUCGACUUUCCGCCUCAAUCUCUCUGUCACGUCCCCGUACAAUGCCGAUUUCGAUGGUGAUGAGAUGAACUUGCAUGUCCCUCAGACUGAGGAAACUCGAGCUGAGGUCAAGGAGCUUUGUAUGGUGCCUUUGAACAUCGUCUCUCCCCAGCGCAACGGCCCUUUGAUGGGUAUCGUUCAAGACACCCUGGCCGGCGUCUACAAGAUGUGUCGCCGUGACGUCUUCCUCACCAAAGAGCAGGUCAUGAAUCUCAUGCUUUGGGUACCUGAUUGGGAUGGUAUCAUUCCCAUUCCCGCGAUCUUGAAGCCUCGUCCGCGCUGGACUGGCAAGCAGAUUGUCAGCAUGAUCAUCCCAAAGAUCAUCAACCUUCAUAUGGGUUCGGAUUCACCGGAUAAGAACCAUCCGUUUAAGGACGAUGGUCUUCUCAUCCAGCAGGGAGAGAUCAUGUAUGGUCUGCUCUCCAAGAAGAGUGUUGGUGCUUCCGGCGGCGGCAUCGUCCAUCUCUGCUACAACGAGCUCGGCCCCCAAGGGGCCAUGGAUUUCCUCAAUGGCUGCCAGCGAGUGGUUAAUUAUUGGCUUCUGCACAACGGUCACAGCAUAGGAAUUGGUGACACGAUCCCAGAUCCCAAGACCAUCGAGCUGGUUCAGAAACACAUCAAUGAUGAGAAGGCCGAAGUCGAGCGGCUGACCAAGAUGGCCACUAACAACGAGCUUGAGCCCUUGCCCGGUAUGAACAUCCGCGAGACCUUCGAGAACAAGGUCUCGACGGCCCUUAACAUGGCCCGCGAUAAGGCUGGCACCACGACAGAAAAGAGUUUGAAGGACCUCAACAACGCCGUGACGAUGGCGCGCUCGGGUUCCAAGGGUUCUUCCAUCAACAUCUCUCAGAUGACGGCCCUGGUUGGUCAACAGAUCGUUGAAGGCAAGCGUAUCCCGUUCGGCUUCAAGUAUCGGACGCUCCCUCACUUCACCAAAGACGAUUACUCGCCCGAGGCUCGUGGUUUCGUUGAGAACUCGUAUCUCCGUGGCUUGACGCCGUCCGAGUUCUUCUUCCAUGCCAUGGCCGGUAGAGAAGGUCUGAUCGAUACUGCGGUCAAGACCGCCGAAACCGGUUACAUCCAGCGUAGGUUGGUUAAAGCCCUCGAAGAUGCUGAGGCGCACUACGACGGGACAGUUCGGAAUUCUCUUGGUGAUGUCAUUCAGUUUGUGUAUGGCGAGGACGGCCUCGAUGGUAUUGCUAUCGAAAAGCAGCGCGUCGAUCACAUCAACAUGUCCGAUAAGGCCUUUGACAAGAGAUUCCGCCUGGACGUCAUGGAUCUGGAGCACUCGGGUCGUGCCCUCGAUGCCCUCGAGUAUGGCCGUGAAAUGGCCAGCGAUCCGGAAGUUCAGUCGCUCCUGGAUCAGGAAUAUGAACAGCUCUUGGCCGAUCGCCAGUUGGUUCGUCAAAUUCAACGCCGCAAGAUGGGCGAAGAAAAUAUUCAGCUUCCCCUCAAUGUUGCUCGCAUCAUCGAGAACGCAAAGAAGCUCUUCAAGGUUGACGAUACCUCCCGCAGCGACCUGACGCCUAAGGAUGUUAUCCCGGCUGUUCGUGCUCUCCUCGAGCGCAUGGUUGUUGUUCGCGGUGACGAUCCCAUCUCGAAGGAGGCCGAUUACAACUCUACCAUCUUGUUCAAGAUCCUCCUGAGAUCCCGGCUUGCUUUCAAGCGGCUGGCUUGCGAGCAGAGAAUCAACAAGUUGGCCUUUGAGCACAUUUUGGGUGAACUGGAGAACAGGUGGGCUCGAUCCAUGGUCAACCCUGGUGAGAUGGUCGGUGUUCUGGCUGCCCAAUCCAUCGGUGAGCCCGCUACGCAGAUGACACUGAAUACCUUCCACUUCGCUGGUGUGUCGUCUAAGAACGUCACCCUUGGUGUUCCUCGUCUCAAGGAAAUUCUCAACGUUGCAAAGGAUAUUAAGACCCCGUCCAUGGUGGUCUACCUGGAUGCUGAGAACGCCACUCAGGAGGAUGCCAAGAAGAUGCGUAACAAAGUUGAGCACACCAGCCUGCGUUCUGUUACUGCGGUAACGGAGAUCUACUAUGAUCCCGACAUCACUUCGACGGUCAUUCCUGAGGACUUCGAUAUGGUCGAGUCUUACUUCCUCAUCCCUGAUUCAUCAGAUCAGGAAUCUAUCGAGAAUCAAUCUCGUUGGCUGCUCAGGAUUACCCUUGAUCGUCAGAAGAUGCUCGACAAGGGUCUCCGCGUCGAGGACGUUGCGCACAAGAUCAAGGAGGAAUACAAGAAGGACGUUGCUAUCAUUUUCAGCGACAACAACGCCGAAGAAAUGGUUAUUCGUAUCCGCGUUGUUCGCCAGGAGGACGAUAAGGAUGAGGACGGCCACAAGAUCAUCGAGGACGACGUCAUGCUGAAGCGUCUCGAGAAACAUCUCCUUGAUAACCUGACGCUGCGUGGCGUACCAGGUAUCGAGCGUGCCUUCUUGAACAAGGGCACCAAGCUAGCUGUCCUCCCUGAUGGCUCACAGAUUGCCAAUAAGGACCAUCCCGCGUGCCAGGAGUGGUAUCUGGAUACGCAGGGUACUGCCCUUCGUGAGGUUUUGCAGAUCGAGGGCGUUGAUACAAGGCGUACUUCAACCAACGACCUGUAUCAGAUCGUUGAUGUCUUCGGCAUCGAGGCCGCUCGCGCAGCUCUUCUGCAGGAAUUGACCCAGGUGCUUGCGUUCGACGGUUCUUACGUCAACCACCGUCACUUGGCUCUGCUGGUCGACGUAAUGACCUACCGUGGCAGCAUUGCAGCUGUUACUCGUCACGGCAUCAACCGCGCUGACACUGGUGCCUUGAUGCGGUGCUCGUUCGAAGAGACCGUCGAGAUUCUUCUCGAGGCUGCCGCUGUCGGCGAGCUCGACGACUGCCGUGGCAUCUCUGAGAAUGUUAUGCUUGGCCAGAUGGCUCCCAUGGGUACCGGUCACUUCGAUGUCCUUCUGGAUCCGAAGAUGUUGGAGACCGUCAUCUCCGACAACUCUCGUAUGGGCCUGAUGCCUGGCAUGACGAUCAAAGGCGGUGAGUUGGAGGGUGCCGCAACUCCGUACGACACCGGCUCCCCGAUGGCAGACAACGGUUACCUUGGCAGCUAUUCUCCGACCAUGGGCAACUUCUCGCCCAUCCAGGGUGCUGGUUCCGACAGCCCAACUGGCUUUGGCACGGAGUAUGGCGGCUUCGGCUCAAGCACAGUCAACCCAUAUGCGACCAGUCCUCGUGCUACCAGUCCCUUCUCGACGUCGCCUACCUCGCCAUUUGGCGGUUAUGGUGGCUACUCCCCAUCCUCUCCUGCAGCUGGGUACUCUCCGACGUCGCCGCUUAUCGAUGCUGGCGGUCGCUACGUGUCAAGCCCACAGUUCAGCCCUUCAUCUCCAUCAUUCUCGCCCACGUCUCCCAUGCUGCGGCCCGGCAGCCCAACCAGCCCCAACUACAGCCCGACAUCACCGAGCUACUCACCGGCUUCGCCUGCUGCUACAAGGCACUACUCUCCUACUUCGCCCCAGCAGUUCGCGUCACCGACGUCACCCUCGUACUCUCCGACCAGCCCCACAUACAGCCCGGCAUCGCCGAACCUGCAUGCCACAUCACCAUCCUACUCACCUGCGUCACCAACUUGGUCACCCACAUCUCCCGAUGCCUACUCGCCUACAAGCCCGUCCUUCCAUCGCUCGCCUGGACAGCAGGCAUCUCCCACUAGCCCGGGUUACUCACCCACUUCCCCCGCCUUCUCUCCAAGGACGCCGGGUCGGGGCCCAUCCAGCGGUGAUCAAUAUUCCCCUACCUCUCCGCAGAACGAUUAA